ACUCCUUUAUCUAUUUCUUCCUACCGGAUAACAUCAUAACAUCGCUUCAUGAUUCUUGUGGGGACUUUAGCCAGAUUGGCUAACUGCCAUUUAAGACCCCAUCAUCCCACAUGCAUUUCUUCCCCUACUCAACCCCAUCUCCUUUUCACUUUCUUAUUUAUAUAACCCCUCCGUAUCAUGGCACGGAAGAUGAGUCUCAAUAUUUAGAAACUAAAUAUUUCCUUUCUUGGAAUCUUGCCUAAAUAAACCUACUCCCAUGGCUGUUGAGCUUGAAGAUGAUCUGUUUUUUGCAGACUUAAGCAAGCGGAUCUCUCUGCUAAUCAUGGAUGAUGAUGAUGGUGGCGAUGAAGACCCAGUUUCAAGAUGUCCUUCAGUUUCUUUCCAGACAUUCUCCGGAGCAAAGUAUCCAGCAACACAAUCUCCAUAUGUCUAUGAGCAAAUCUGCAGAAGAGAAAGCAAAGGCACUGGAGUUUUCAUCCCAAAGGCAUCACAUCCCAGAAGGAAGAACAGGCAAGGCAAAUACAGUUCAUUCAGCAGAAAGUUUAGCAGGCAGCAUGAUGACACUACAAAAAUGGCUUCUCAAGCAUGUUACAAUCACUCUUUUUACCCAGGAAAAGGCUAAGGAUAAACAUAUUCAUCUUCAUCAAGUGUACUUAAUGAAGGGAAGUCACCACUAAUCCCCUUGUCAACAACUGCUUAAGUCAAGAACAGACUGGUUUAAGGAUCUUAAAAUUACAUAUACAUAUAUAAAUAUAUGCAUAUAUAGAUUUAUCAUGAAUUAUGUCUAUGUACAUUAAGAAUAAUUGAUUCUGCUAGCUCCUAGUAAGUGAGUCUUGAAGAGGUGUCACCAAAGGGCCUGCCUCCAUAAAUCAUGGAAAUGUGUGGUGAUUGUUAGGUGUGAUAUAGGAGUAAAAUAUGUGCUUGUUCACAAUGUAAUUGAUUUUAUUUAUAUUUAUAAUUGAUGUUAGAGAUUUUUUUUC